UCUUUUCCUCUUAGUGUCACAUCUCCUUCUGAUCCAAUACAGCAUGUGAACUCCUUUUUUUCUUUGAGCCCUAUAGUCCUAACCCCCCAACCCCCACCACCCAGAUGCACACAACAAAACCCAGAGACUCCUUCCUGGUUGCUGACAAUGUACAUGCUGAAAGAAAGGGUCUGAGAGGAAGGACCCUGGGUCCUAGGACUGCUCCAGGAAGGAGAGGAGGAGAACGCAGGAGGUGGUGAAAAGGCAGAGGAGUGUCACCAGCACUUCCAGUCCGGAGAGGAGUGUCGGAGCGUCUGGGACGGUGGGAGAGCUGGGUCAUGGGCUUCAGAAUGACCUGCGUAGGUGCAACUGGACUGCUGCUCCUGCUCACCCUUAUGGGAACACACUGUGCAGCUCGGCAGAAUCGCUGCGAUAGGAAUAUUCAAGUCAUGACAAAGACAGACUGUCAUUCCUGCUCCAUAAGUGCUGUAGUGGACUGUCCACCGGGCUACAGCAAGAAAACCCCUGGCAAAGGGAAACAAGACUGCAGGUAUAGCUUGAAGUCCAUUGCCAAUUUGUUAAUUGCUGGCUGUUCACAUGAGUGCUACAAAGAUGUGGUAGAAGAAAGGUGCUGUCCAGGGUACUGGGGCAAUGACUGCAUUGAGUGUCCAGACUCAGCAGCUAAACCCUGCAGUAAUAAUGGGGUGUGCUCAGACGGCACGGGGGGCAAUGGUACUUGUACCUGUAAAGCAGGUUUUGUGGGAACAGCAUGUGAGAAAUGUGAGGAGAACAUGUUUGGACACGCAUGCAACAAUGUAUGCACCUGCAAGCAUGGCCUCUGUAACAGUGGGGUACAGGGCACUGGUCAGUGUACAUGCUUCUCAGGAUACACAGGCCCUGACUGUGACCAGGAGCUUCCCAAUUGUGCUGUGUUGCGCUGUGAGCAGAAUGCACUCUGUUUUGAAGACAUUUCCUCUGGAAAACUGGUGUGCAAAUGCAAACCCGGUUUCUUUGGUAACGGCGUCCAGUGCACAUCGAUUAACCCAUGUCUGAGGAAAGUGUGCCACGAGCACGCAGUGUGUGUGCACACAGGACCAAAUCAGCACUCGUGCACGUGUGCCGAGGGCUAUCAGGGAGACGGCCUUGUUUGCAUGCCUGUAGACCCCUGCCAGACAAACUUCGGAGGCUGUCUCAGCAAUUCCACUGGAUGUGUGUACGAUGGCCCUGGAAAGGCUCACUGUGAAUGUCUGGAAGGAUUUGAGAAGUUGGUUAUGGGGGUGAGCUGCAGUCUGAAGGAUGCGUGUAAGCCAGAUUCCUGCCAUAAGAAUGCCCACUGUAGAACAGUGGCACCAGGAACAGUGGAGUGUACAUGUCUGGAGGGGUUCCUUGGCAAUGGAAAAAUCUGCUUUGGCAAUAUAAUGCAGAGACUGCAAGAUCUGAACUCAGAACCUGGAGGCCGGUGGGUGGGUCAGCUGUCCAGCGCCAUCAGUCUGUUUGAAGCAGUCAUGUCCUGGCCUCUGACGUCACGUGGACCGUUCACUGUUUUUGUACCAAGCAACAAAGCUUUCAAAUCAACAUCUGUGAAAACUCUGAUGGCAGAUGAGGCGAAGGCCCGAUACCUCGUCAAGUUGCACAUGGUCGCCGUGGAAAUGAACUCUGACACUCUGAAGAAUGGAAUACUCUAUUACACGCUGACAGGGAAAACUGCUGAAUCAGUAACUGAGUCUGAGCAGGUUAAAGUCCGUAUCCAUGGCAGCCGUAGGAAAGGCCUGCUUCUGGAAUCCAAUAUUAUUGCUUCGAAUGGAGUGAUCCACAUCACUGAUAAAAUGAUGGACACGGUCCCUCCUACUGUUAUAAGUGACAGUCAGGAAAACCUGAUGAAGAUUCUUUCUGACAAUGGAAAGUUCUCCCAAUUUAAGUCUCUUCUUGAGAAAACCAACAUGGUGGCUAUUUUGGACGAGGCAGGUCCCUACACAGUGUUUGCUCCAACAAACACCGCCUUUUCUUUACUGAAGGACGGUUACCUAGACUACCUUGUGUCUGAUGAGGGCAAUUCAAAACUACUGGAACUGAUGAGAAACCAUAUUGUUUCCUCUGCUCAGCUGAGUGUUAGCUACAUCAUCUCAAGUGCGCAGACUGUGUCCAUGGCUAAUCAAGUUCUAGCAUUUAAUGUCACCCUUGUUGGUCAAAUUUUGAUCAACGGGGUAGCGGUGGUUGAGACAGAUGUUGAGGCAAAGAAUGGACGUCUCUAUUCGCUGGAUGGGAUUCUAAUCCCGCCCACCAUAGAACCCAUCCUCCCUCAUCGGUGUGACGUUACUGAAAAUGUUAAAUAUAAGGGUCUUUGUGUGAGCUGUUCAUCAGUCACCAGGUCCACCUGUCCAACAGGUGUCUCAAUGAACACGUUUUCCAGGGGCUGUGUGUACAUGAAAAAGUCUCUAGGCCUGAAUAUUCCUGUUCUGGGCUGCAGCCUGUAUUGCAGUGAGAACCGUACUACCCCACAAUGCUGUAAAGGCUUUUUUGGAUCAGACUGUUCCCCUUGCCCAGGUGGAUUCACUGCCCCCUGCUCCUCUCAUGGCAUGUGCUUCGAGGGUAUAGAUGGCAAUGGCACUUGUCAGUGUGAGCCCAACUUCAAAGGGUCCCGUUGCCAGUACUGUGCUGACCCCAACAAAUACGGCCCAUCCUGUGACCAAACCUGCGGGUGUGUGCAGGGCGUGUGUGACAACCGCCCAGAAGCCCACGGCACGUGUAAGUCAGGCUCCUGCAAGCCAGGUUUCUCUGGGCAGCUCUGUGAUAAGCACACCCAGCCCUGCGGGCCCAAGCAGCCGUGCCACGCCCAUGCCGACUGUGUCUACAGCGAAGGAGAGCUCAUGUGUGUGUGUAAGCUGGGUUUCAAAGGGAAUGGAUUCCUGUGUGUGGAGAGCGACCCGUGUACUUCACCUCCCAACGGAGGCUGCAGUAACAACGCUAGGUGUAUAAAAACUGGACCAGGCACCCGCAGGUGUGAGUGUCUGAAGGGGUGGAAAGAGGAUGGAGAUGAAUGCCAGCCUGUCAAUAACUGUGUGGAGCCCUCUAGAGGCGGGUGCCAUCCCAACGCGUCAUGCGUCCACGUAGGCCCAGGACAGAAUUACUGUAUGUGCAAGAAGAAUUACCGUGGCAAUGGGAAAGAUUGUGAGGCUAUCAAUCAGUGUGUAGAUCAAAUUGGAGGAUGUCAUCAGCAUGCUUCUUGCUUGUAUGGGAAUCAAGGGAGGUUUGAGUGUGUAUGUCAGAUGGGUUAUUCAGGAGAUGGGAGCAUCUGCUAUGGAACCUUGGCACAGGAAGUGGAAAACAAUCCUGAUCUGAGUGAAUUCAAUACGUGGUUGACUCGAGCAGACCUCAAGGACAUGCUGACCGAAGGCCAGAACAUGACUCUAUUUGUGCCAUCGGAACAAGCCAUCGGCACCCUGAGCAAAGAGGACCAGGAUUACUGGCUGGCCGUCAGCAACCUUCCAAGUCUGGUCAAGAGUCACAUGGUUUCUGGGUUCUUUGCUUUGGCUGAGCUCCGGAGUUCACCUUCUCCAGAACUAGUUUCCCUUUUGAAAAAGACACUUCCUGUUUCCUGGACCAAUGAGACCACCAGAGUGGCUGGAGCUAAAAUUGUAUCAGGAGACAUUGUUGCCAAGAAUGGAUUCAUUCACCUGAUCGACACAGUUCUCAUCUCUGAUCGUAAGAUGAGCGAAGGUUUACUUGAGGUGCUGAACCAGAGACCACAGUUCUCUAUCUUCAGGGACAUGCUUCUUAAAUUCAACUUGACUGAGGAAAUGGAGAGCGCCUCUGGUUUUACAUUGUUCGCACCUACGGACAGUGCUAUUACUGAAUAUCUGAAGAACACCGGUGAAAGCUCAUUGGACCUGAAUGUGACGCGUUACCACAUUGUGCUGGGUGACACCCUGAGGCAGGCGGACCUGCAGGAUGGCCUGUACAAAGACACCAUGCUGGGUUUCUCCUAUCAGAUAGGCAUUUUCUGCAAAGACAGUAACUGGUGGGUGAAUAAGGCUCUGGUGACUGCUACGGACAUUUUGACUUCUAAGGGGGUCAUCCAUGAAGUGUCUGCUGUACUGAAGGUGCCCAAGAACCGCUGUGACACAGCGUCCACCAAGAUCGUCCAGGGGCAGUGCAUGGACUGCUUUCACCCAACCGAGAGCCGUUGUCCCCCUGGAACCCAGCAAGUAUUCACGUCCAUAAAAAGGACCAAAUGUGCAUAUAGCAGGAGGAAACACGGGAUGUUCAUUGGCUGUGAGGCUUCCUGUCAAAAACGGACCAUCGUAAGGAAGUGUUGCGAGGGUUUUUAUGGUCUUAACUGUGAGAGCUGUCCAGGGCCAGAAGGCCAGCCCUGUUUUGGUAACGGUGUGUGUGUGGACGGUAUUAAUGGUACAGGAGCGUGUCGGUGCAACCCUGGCUUUAACGGCACAGCCUGCGAGUCCUGCCAGACGGGAAAGUACGGCAUCCACUGUGACCAAGACUGUAAGUGUGUGAAUGGUCACUGUAAUGAUGGUCAGGAGGGGGAUGGCACCUGCGAAUGUGACGUUGGAUGGAGAGGAAUACUCUGCUCUAUAGCCAUAACCACAGACUCAUGUAAAGGGACGUGCCACACCAGUGCAAAUUGUCUACUGAACGUAGCAGAUAAUUCAUAUUACUGUAGAUGUGCAGCUGGUUACCAGGGCAACGGUACAUACUGUACAGCGGUGAACGCUUGCGCGAAGGAUAAUGGCGGAUGCUCCUCCAGCGCUGUGUGUAAGAUAACUAUCCCAGGACGCAGGAAGUGUGUGUGUAACCCAGGUUAUGCAGGGGAUGGAAAAGUGUGUGUGUCAAUCAAUCCAUGUCUGGACGGUAGUGGAAGGUGCAGUGCCUAUGCAGACUGUGUACACACAGGCCCAAACAAGACAGCAUGUGUGUGCAAAGCAGGCUACUCUGGAAAUGGACAGCAGUGUAAUCCUAUCAAUUUGUGUUACAAGAAAAAUGGAGGCUGCCACAAGCAAGCCAUCUGUAUGAUGAAAGGACCAGGGGAGAGGAACUGCACCUGUCGCAAGGACUACAUGGGAGAUGGGAUGACCUGCAAAAGUAACGUCAUGCAGGAGCUCCGAAACAGAGAGCUGACAAGUUUCUUCUACAGUGUGUUAUGGUCUGAUGCUUAUUUCCUACAAGGACGUGGUCCAUACACUGUGUUUGCUCCUAACAAUAAGGCACUUAAAAAGGCAGAAUACCAGAAGCCAGAGAAUAAAGAGAGCAAUGCAGCGCUGGUCCUGUACCACAUCGUGUCAUGCCGUAUCCUGAUGCCGGAGGACCUGAUGCAGCCCCGUAACCUCACCACGCUCAGCGGGGAAACGCUCACCAUCUCCUACUCGGAGGGCUCGAUAUAUAUCAAUAACAAGGCCAAAGUGGUGUACAGCGAUCAAGAGAGCAACAACGGGAUUUUCCACGAGAUCGACACGGUUCUCAUCCCCCCCAGCUUCCAGAAGCUGAAUGGAAUGAAUAAGUCUGCCAGCCUCCCUGACCUCAAAGAUGUAGCAAAUGAACACGGCUUCAAGACAUUUUUCAAACUGUUGGAGGACACGGAGGUGAUGGAGCGGGUACAGGACCGCCUCCAUCAGCCUGUCACGCUCUUCCUCCCCACCGACUCCACCAUGGCUGCCCUGCCUCAGGAGCAGAAGGACUUCCUGUUCGGCCUGCAGAACCGCGCCCAGCUGAAGGAGUACCUAGAGUACCAUGUCCUCCAUGAUAUGAAGAUGCAGUCUGCAGAAAUGAUUCAUUUCAGUUCAAUGAAGACCCUUCAGGGUUCUGACAUCUCUGUGAGCUGCGUCGGAGAGGACCAAAUAGGUGAACUGUACAUCAGUGACAAAAGUUGUCGGAUUGUAAAGAGGAACCUAAAGUUCAAUGGAGGCUUGGUUUAUGGUAUUGACUGCUUGUUAACACCUCCCAGCCUUGGGGGGCGCUGUGAUCAGAAGGACACUGUAGACAUCACAAUGCCUUGCAGAUAUUGUGCUGUUACAGUGUCAUCUGAUUGCCCUUCAAUAAGUAAACCAAAGUCUAUACAGAGGUGCGACCUGCCCAGACGCUUCUCAUCUAUGAAUGCUGGAUGUCAGUCUGUGUGCACCAUGGUCAUAUGGAAGCCCAAGUGCUGCUCAGGAUACUACGGCAGGGAUUGUCUCGCCUGUCCUGGAGGGCCAAGAUCCCCCUGUAGUAACCAUGGACAGUGUGAUGAGGAUCACCUAGGCAACGGCACCUGCACAUGUUUUCCUGGGUACCAGGGAGUGGCCUGUGAAUUAUGCAUAGAUGGCCACUUUGGACCAGAGUGCAAAGCCUGUAACUGUUCUGAACAUGGAUCAUGUGAUGAGAGUCCAGACGGUACAGGUUCCUGCUUCUGUGAUGAGGGCUGGACUGGUCCACAGUGUGAACACAAGCUGGUCGACAGCCCUGUGUGCGUCCCUGCUUGCCAUGCAAAGGCGGUGUGUGCCAAGAACAACUCCUGUGUUUGUAAACCAUUUUACGAGGGAGACGGGCUCACCUGCACAGUGGCUGACCUGUGCGGGUUCUGGAAUGGAGGCUGCUCGAAGAACGCCAACUGCUCCCAGAAGGACGAGAAGGUGAACUGCACCUGCUUGACGGGCUACUCUGGAGACGGCCAUGUCUGCUCGCCGGUGGACCCCUGUGUUACGGAUGAUAACGGAGGCUGUCACGAGCAUGCCAUCUGUACAAUGACUGGAGCAAAUAAGAAGAAGUGUGAGUGUAAGCCUAACUACAUUGGUGAUGGUCUGGAGUGUGAGCUGAAGGUGCUUCCAGUGAAUCGCUGCAUGCAGGAUAACGGCCAGUGUCACUCUGUCGCUCAGUGCACUGACCUGCACUACCAGGAUAAGACCGUUGGGGUCUUCCACUACCGUUCUCCACUGGGAGUGUACAAACUCAACUACACACAGGCGCAGGAGGCCUGCAAGCAGGAGGGAGGCACUAUUGCUACAUACACACAACUGUCCUACGCUCAGCAGGCUGGGUACAGUCUGUGUUCUGCCGGAUGGCUCGAGCAGGAGCGCGUGGCCUAUCCCAUGAGCUAUUCCCACCUCAAAUGUGGCUUUGGUCACGUGGGCAUCGUGGACUACGGCAAACAAACUGACCUGAGCAGGACCUGGGACACGUUCUGCUACCGGCCAAAGGAUGUGAAAUGUGAGUGUAAGAUGGGCUACAUUGGUGAUGGAUACACUUGCACUGGAAACCUGCUACAGGUUCUCUCCUCCAAGCCCAACUUUUCCAACUUUCUGUCACAAAUCUUGAAUUGCUCCAGAACUUCAGCAUCAGGUCAAGAGUUUGUGAGGCGUCUCAGCAACAUAACCACCCAGUCCACCCUGUUUGUGCCUGAUAAUGACGGUCUCUAUGAGAACGAGACACUGUCCUACAGGGAUUUAGAGCACCACCUGCUGGAUGGGAGAGCUCUGGUGCUGCAAGCUCUCAUUAACGUCAGCCAUGUUCGAACACAUCUGGGACAUACACUCAGUGUGAAAGGGGUUCCUAGCCUGCAGAGCCCCCAGACACUGGCUUCCUCUGGAUAUGUCAAUGACCGUUACAUUAUCGAAUCUGACAUUUUUGCAUCCAAUGGGAUCAUCCAUGUGCUGCAUGGACCACUGAAAGCUCCACCCCCUCCGGCCCCUUCCCUCCACCCCGCCCACAAGGCAGGGAUGGGCAUCGGUGUUCUGUUACUCAUCAUCCUUAUCAUGGCUGGAGCAUUUGUGGCCUACCAUUUCUACACCCAGCAAUCCAAGCCUUUCCAGUUCCACUACUUCAAGGAAGAUGAGAAUGAAGACAGCAGCCCUUCUGGAUCAGCCCCGUACAUCUCCAACCCCACGUAUGAGUCCACACCUGCCCCCACUGACCCCCACCUCCCAGCAGAUGAGAAGGAUGACGAGCAGCAGAUGGUUGCCAGUGGCUCUUAUGAUCUUCUGCAGGAUAGCUGAAGAGAUGUGGGAUCUCACUCAGACACUCUCCGUACAGCUCAGAGCCUGAACUGCUGUAGAGCAGCAGGACACUCAAGUGCUGCAGUACCUUAGUAGACCAUAAGAGGGCCGAAGAAAAAAAGAACAAAGAUAGAACGGCAGUUUCAUAAAGUUGAACUGCAAUGAACUGGACAUUGACGACCCAGUAAAAUGGGAAGUACUUUUGUGAUUAUGUGUGUAAAACUGUUUACGUCUGUAUGUGCAUGUGUUCUGUGGUUGAAUGUUUACAUGUUUGUUGGCCUUUAUUAUUCCUUUGGUAUAACAAGUUUAUGUUCAUGUUACCACUACAUGCACAAAUAAACAAACAAACGCA